AGACCCUGUCAAAAGCCUGAGGAAGAGAUCUCUGCGUGUUGAUAGACGGACAGCAGUGACAGAAGAGAAGCAGGAGCUGAGUCAUGUCCCCUCCUAACCGCUACAUGUAGUCAUUUAUCCGCCGAGCUGGACGUCGGGGAGACUUUCUCAACUAUUACCGUCACCGAGCCGUCCCGGGCUAAACGCGCUUCUGCUUUGCCUUUUUUUCCCCUUCUUCUUCUGGAAAGCUAUGGAGACCAGAGCAUGUCACGUCUAAGUGCGCUUUUACAACUCUGAACGUGCCCAGGUGCCUGUGAAUAUUUCUCCUCAAAGUUCUCUCGGCAGGAGGAAAAGCUUUUGUCUCGGCGAGGCCUCUGAGGGCCCACGUCAGCAUGGUGAACAGCCAAGCGUCAGGCGUACCGCCAGCGCCCAGGUCGUGUGCAGGAUGUGGUGGAAAGAUCGCCGACCGCUUCCUGCUCUUCUCCAUGGAGCGCUACUGGCACACGCGCUGCCUCAAGUGCUCCUGCUGCCAAGCCCAGCUGGGGGACAUCGGCACGACCUGCUACAGCAAAGGAGGCAUGAUUCUGUGUCGGAGCGACUACAUCAGACUGUUCGGGCACAGCGGGGCGUGCAGCGCCUGCGGCCAGUCAAUCCCAGCCAACGAGAUGGUGAUGAGGGCACAGGGAAAUGUUUACCACCUCAAGUGUUUCAGCUGUGCCACCUGUAGAAACAGACUCAUGCCUGGCGAUCGCUUCCAUUACGUCAACGGUACGAUCUUCUGUGAGCACGACAGACCCGGCACUGCCUUGCUAAACAGCCACCUGCCUCCACUUCAGAGCAGCUCUGUGCUGACAGACCAGAAGGUAUGCUGAGUGGCAGCAGUGCCGUCAUGUUUCCCUCCCGAGCUUCACCUCUCCUCAGUGCACUCCUGUCUCGCUUCUGUUGCCGUCGUUAAUGUGGACCCAACCUUCCCCAAACCCUGUCAGCCGGCCACCUCUCUUCUCCUGGACAGAACAUCAUUUCUCAUUCAAGAUAUCCCGUUUCUCACCAUAACAGACUCUUUAAUGCAUACAAAGUCCCGUUUCUAUUGUGUUCAAUGUUAAAGUGGUCUGUGCGUCAUGCAAAGACUUAGGGUUUGUGUGGACUGCAUCGGCAAAAGGCUCCGUCUGGACUAAGAGAAGGCUUGAGGAAAACGGUGACAAUGAAAACAAGCAGCCACUAAGAAGGAACAAAAGGAGCUUGGUAUACGUUUAAUGGACUGCUGUAAAAUGACUGUCAAAGCUUUGCUUAUGCCGUGUGGCAUUAUUUCCCCUGAGCGUGUUUUUAAUGAACUCUUGAUCUCUCUCUUGUAUAUGUUAAUCUGGAGAUCCAACACACUGACAACUGAAGAUAAAAAUGAUGGGUGUCAGGCAAAAAAUGUUCAAUCAUAGGAAACCCCUUAAAUGAGUUUACACACCAGAAGCUUUUAGAAGCACGCAUGGAAAACAAAAACCUGUCGCUACCAUCCACCAUGAGUGAUUUAAACAAAAAAGAAGCCCAAUGAUCCAGUGAAGGUUUUGAUGUUUUUCUUCUGUAGAGUUUUAUUUCUUUAUCAGGUGCCUGUUAAAUGUGUGGGGAAAAAAAUGUGGAUUUAGAAACAACAAUCCUAUUAAAAACGGUUUUCCUCUAA